CGUAGAUCUCGGCUCUAACGUUGGUAUGUAUUAUAUUUUAUAUUACACUUCAUUUCUUACUGUCUACAAAAGCAUCGUCUUGUCUAGAAUUGAGUCUCAUUUAGCCACCUAAUAUAUCGUUAUCAUAUCUUAUAGAUUCUAUCCUAUAGUUAAUCUAUUAUCCUGACGCCGUGUUUCGCAGAUUUCCAAAUAUGCCAGAACGUCGUUGACGUUACACACCAGUUUAAGGGUAUCUUCGUGUAUCCGGAACGAGGCGGCAUGAACUGACGUUUCGCACGUGGACGCGUGUCUCUGGGAUGGCCGGCUGGUUCACAGCAGCAGCAGUCUUCGUCUCAGCAGUCCCAAUCUCAAUCCCAAAGAUAUGAAUUGCGAAGUUUUGCUGAAUCAACUAAUACUACUGCUUCUUCCGUUGCUACUACUGUUACUAUGAGCUCGCGGUCUUCUGAGACCCCUCGAGCAAUAUCGCCGCCGACUAAUCAGCUAUCUCAACUAUCCAUCCAGGAGACGCCGCAGUCCUCUCACACCGUGACUCAGUCGUUUGUACCUAAUGACACCCAGUUAUCCCAGCAACCACCCUCUGUUACUCAGGACACUCAGUAUACUCACUACACGUAUGAGGAAGCCACAUCCUCGUUACGGCAACAUAAAAGUAGUCGGUCAUCUCAGUCCUCUCGUCAUCGACGGAAACCCCCUGCGCCUUCACUUGAAAAAAUUAACUACGAACCAUCAGCUCCAGACCUCAUCUCGGACCCAGUCCCACCCCCUGCCUCAGUUCCAAUAGCGGCACCCGCCACUGUUCCUAUUUCAGUCCCAGUCCCAAUCCCUGCCUCGGCAGAGCCGUACUAUUACAUGACCUCACCCUUUCCUGUACCUCCACCCGCACAGCGACGCGGGCGGCUUUUCCGUACACGCUCAGGGAAUCUGGUAACUGCCGUCGAAAUCCGGCGACGUAGAGAACUAGAGCGACACGCCGAGGAGUUACUAGAGAUGAUCCUUGAGGAUUUUGGUGAUGAGCUCUCUCAUACGAUCACCUUCAGUCUGGACGACACCGGCCGCUGGCGCAUCGCAAGGCGGGACCAGCCGGAGGUGGAGGUGUACGAAAAUGCGUAGCUUAGGACCUAAUUCGAGUACAUUUCUCUCUGGUAUGUGGGCGUCGGAUGAGAGUCUUUAGAUAGGAAUUUCAUAGGAAGGAAAAUAGAAACGGUGCAUAUAGUCGACGACCCGCUUGUUAUCGUGAUGAUGAUUUAAUAUAUAUGUAGAAAAGGUUUGCCGUUUCAUCUUUUAGACUUGAAAUCCUCCUAUAUUUGAUCUUAGAUAUAUCUA